ACUUAGAUGGAUUUUUGAGGGCGGGUGGGAUACUCUAGACCGGCUCGUUUGCAUAUUUGGACGCCCUUUCAUUUUUCUUUCUCGUUUCAAUAGAUUAGCUCUCUCUCUCUCUCUCUCUCUCCUCCAUUGUUUCACAGUAGCCGGCCACCUUCAGCUCAAGAACCUCUCACCGAACCACCAUCUUGGAUUUCCAGUCGCUAUCCGCAAUCCCGGCGAUGGGCUGUAACACGAGAGAGAAGCAUAUCCGCGCCAGUCGGAAGACCCGAUCGGCGAAACCCGACCCGGAACUCGCCAAAAGCAAGAACGCUUCCGAGAGAGCCGCGAUGUCUAAAUCCGCCAUGGAUUCCGGGAUCCGGCCUUCCGAUUGCUGUGCGGGAAGUAACUGUCCGGCCAAAACCUUGAUGAAUCCGAACCAGAUUCCCGGAGUUGACGAGAAUGGCUGGGGUUACUGUACCGAGGAGCAACUGGAGGAGAUCCUGUUGAGGAAUUUGGAGGUUCUGCACAACGAGGCCAUUGUUAGGCUCAUUUCGUUUGGGUAUACGGAGGAUGUGGCUUUGAAGGCUGUGCUUAAGAAUGGGUUCUGCUAUGGAGGAAUGGAUGUGCUGACCAAUAUAAUGCAUAAUGCCUUGUCUUACUUGAACAGUUCUGAUAGUAAACGCUCCGAGGAUUCCGAGAAGAACAAUUUCACAGAUAUGAAGCAGAUGCUGGAAUACUCUUUGGUUGGGAUGGUUUGUUUACUCCAGCAGGUUAAACCACACUUGAGUAAAGGGGAUGCAAUGUGGUGCUUGCUAAUGAGUGAUCUUCAUGUGGGCCGUGCCAGCGUGAUGGACGUCCCCCUUCUUUCCCAGCCAAAUGGUGUCUCGAAUGCUACACCAUCUUCGGUGUGUAGGUUUCACGAGAACCCUAAUGAUUUAAAUGGGAAUUUCAUGCAGAAAGAGAUUGAGUGCCCGAAGAGGUUCAAUCUCUCUCCUUCAAUGAAGAAUCUGUUGAAGAGGAAUGUUGCGGCUUUCGCUGCUGGUUUUAGGUCAAACACUAAAUCUUCGCAAAACCAAACGCGGGCCGGGCUAGGAAUGGUCGAAGAGGAAGGUGGUGCUGGAAAGGGUGAGGAAUCCGGCCAAGACGUGGUCCUUUCAGUUUUGAACAAAUUCCGUGAUUUGAAUCUUGAAGAGAGCAUGGAUCAAAAGGAGGAGACAAUUGUUAGUUUGGUCCGUCAGGCAAAGGAUCUUGAGAGGCAGGUUAAGGAACGGAAGGAGUGGGCCCAUCAAAAAGCAAUGCAGGCCGCAAGGAAGCUAAGCAAUGACUUAACUGAGCUUAAGCUGCUGAGGAUGGAGAGGGAGGAAACACAAGGCGUGAAGAAAGGGAAGCAGGUUCUAGAAGAUAAUACCAUGAAGAGACUGACAGAAAUGGAGAACGCACUUCGUAAAGCGAGUGGUGAGGUGGACCGUGCCAACUCAGCCGUGAAGAAGCUUGAGAAUGAGAAUGCAGAGAUUAGAGCAGAGAUGGAGGCUUGUAAACUCAGUGCUUCCGAAUCUGCAAUGACAUGUAUGGAAGUUGCCAAGAGGGAGAAGAAAUGCCUGAAGAAGCUUUCAGCUUGGGAGAAGCAGAAAGCCAAACUUCAAGAGGAUAUUGCAUCUGAGAAACAGAAGAUUUUGGAGUUGGUCGCACAACUGGCUCAGGUUGAGGCAUCUAAAAAGGAAGCCGAGGCAAAGUGGUGGCAGGAACAGAAAGCCAAGGAGCAAGCAAUGGCACAAGUAGAGGAGGAACGGAGGCUCAAAGAGGCCACAGAAGUCAAUAACAAAAGAAAGCUCGAGGCACUUCGCCUCAAGGUGGAAAUAGACUUCCAGAGACAGAAAGAUGACCUCCUUCGCCUCGAGCAAGAACUUUCCCGCCUCAAAUCAUCGUCCGAACAAACUGCCGACACCCACAACAACCAUCAUAAUUCCGUUACUACCCCUGGAGACAUUGCCAGGUUGCUGCAGGAAUUGGACAACUUUGAGAAGAGUUCUGCUCAAGAAAAAGAGGACAACGGGUGUGACAGGGAGUGCAUAAUUUGCUCAAAGGACGAAGUCUCUGUUGUUUUCCUCCCUUGUGCUCACCAGGUUUUGUGUGCCAACUGCAACGAGAGCUAUGGGAAGAAGGGAAGAGCCACGUGUCCAUCCUGUCGGGUCCCGAUUGAACAGCGUGUUCGCGUUUUUGGUGCGUCUUCUUAAGUUGUAACACCUCCUUUUGCAGCCAGCCAAGGAUAUGACAUUAUCAUAGAUAGCAAGAAAAAAAGAGAGUAAAGUCUAUACAUUUCUUUUGUUUUUUAUGUUUGGUGGGUCUUCUAAGAAGACAGACAUAUUUGAUGUUAAAUAAAGUUUUCCUGUUUGUUUUGGAAGAUCCAUAGCUCUAUGUAUGGGUCUAAAUGUAGUGUUCACUGCACACUGUUAAACUUUACACAGUAAACACAUCUCAUUCCU